AUGUUUAACAAAUUAAAAAAUAAAGUGAUUAAUUCCGGUUCAAAUUCUGAAUCUUCAUCAAUAAAUGAAAAAGAUAUUGUCAAUAAUAACGGACCCACAAAUAAUGGAACUACUGCUAAGGGAGUCUCAAACGGUCAUGUUAAAGAUGAUGACACGGUGACAAUAGAAGAUUCAGAACCAAGAUAUAUACCAUUUGAUGAACCAUCUCCUGAAUCACAUAUACCAAAAGAAAAAGAAUUAACAAUUGAACAAAAACAAAAAUAUAAUGAAGUAUUAAAACAUUUUCAAAAUCCUGAAUUACUAAUUGCAUCAAGUGAAGAAAAUCAUAAACAUAAAAAGGAUUUAACUUCAUUAUUAGUUGAAGAAAAAUCUUGGUUAACAAGAGAAUGUUUUUUAAGAUAUUUAAGAGCUACAAAAUGGAUAUCAUUAGAAGCAAUAGAUAGAAUAGAAUUAACAUUAGCUUGGAGAAGAGAAUUUGGUAUAAAUAAACCAUUUGAUUCAGAAAAUUUAGUAAAUGGAAAAUUAACAUCAGUUGAAAAUGAAACAGGUAAAGAAGUAAUAUUAGGUUAUGAUAAUGAUUCAAGACCAUGUUUAUAUUUAAAACCUGGAAGACAAAAUACAAAAACUUCACAAUUACAAGUACAACAUUUAGUCUUAAUGUUAGAAAAAGUUAUAAGUUUUAUGCCUUCAGGACAAGAUUCAUUAGCUUUAUUAAUUGAUUUUAAAGCUCAUCCAGUAGGAACUCAAGGUGGUAAAAUUCCACCAGUUGGAGUUGGAAGACAAGUUUUACAUAUUUUACAAACUCAUUAUCCUGAAAGAUUAGGAAAAGCUUUAUUAACGAAUAUUCCAUGGUUAGGUUGGACUUUUUUAAAAAUUAUUCAUCCAUUUAUUGAUCCAUUAACAAGAGAAAAAUUAGUAUUUGAUCAACCUUUUAUAAAUUAUGUUCCAAAAAUUCAAUUAGAUAAAGAUUUUAAAGGUGAUGUUAAUUUUAUUUAUGAUCAUGAAAAAUAUUGGCCUAAAAUGAUUGAAAUGAGUGAUAAUAAACAAAAAAAUUAUUAUGAAAGAUUUGAAAAAUUUGGUGAAAUUGUUGGAUUAAGUGAAGUUGAUUUAAGAGGUAAAGGAGAUGAAUUAUUAUAUCCUGUACAACCAAUGGAAUAA